AUGACAGAGAAACGCGUCGCAAAGCGCAAGACGCACACAAAGUCCCGAAAGGGAUGCUUCCAGUGCAAGCAACGCCACACAAAAUGCAACGAAGCCCGGCCACGCUGCGCAAACUGCGUUCGCUUGGACAUUCAUUGUACAUUCCCAACCAUACCAGAGAGCUACACCUCAUCCCCCAACCACAGCCCUGGAGUCAGUCCAUCCUACCAGGAUCCUGGCCUUUCCGAGAGCCCUGAUGCACUUAAUAACAACACCGGUUCCGAUCUGCACCUUGCCGACCUCCGAUUACUGCACCACUGGAUCAAGUCAUGUGCCAAAUCACUGCAUCCUAACCCUUCCCUACGGAGCAAUGCAUGGCAGACUGAGUUUGUGGAACUGGGCUUCGAAUUCCCUUUCCUCUUGCGUGGCUUCCUAGCCCUGUCUGCAAUCCACCAAGCAUUCCUGCUUGCACCCAACGAUCGACAGGCCUUUUUACUCCAGGCAGACUCCCAUAUCAGCCGAGCAUUGGACACGUAUAGGAAAAAUCUCGACAAUCCAGACGUGAAGCUAGCCUUGCCCAUGUUCAUGUUGUCUUCUAUACUCUUCACGUACAACUUCGGCUCGGCACAGCUUCAGAAGCCCGAAGACCCUAUUGCCGCACUUCAUCACUGCUUCAUGCUGCUGCAAGGCAUCAAGAUUGUCGUCAUGCCCCAUUGGAAUCAAAUCAAAGAUAGCUUGUUCGUUGCCUACAUGACGGACCAUCCUUCUGAUGACCUUUUAAAGGGUCUGGAUAAUCUGGCGAGCCAGGAUAACUCCCAAGAAGUCAUGUGCUUGAAGGAGCUUACCGAAUUGCUACUAGACAGCCAGGACAAGGAGGCUUGCACAAGUGCCAUUCACAACCUUCACACCACAUGGCUCCGUUUCCGGCACCUACCUACAGACCGCGAUGAAUACUCUCUGCUAUUCUACUGGCCCGCCCUAUUGGAGAGUCGAUUCCUCGAACUUCUCGCUGCUCAUAACCCUGUGACAUGCAUCAUUACCACCCAUUUCGUGGCCAUGCUGGCUCAAUGUCGCCCAGUGUGGUGGGUUGGCAAAUGGCCCCAGUGGUUAUUCACAGCCUCAGAACAGUUGUUGGCAGCAACCCCCGAUCUCCUCAAAUGGCUGGACUGGCCCCGGAAAAUAAUCCGUCCACAGCCUGUGAGCAUGACUACUACGCUAUGCGGUCGACAAGUUACUUGA